UGUGACGACAGGGUCCCUCUCCAAUAUGGUGGCUUCAUUAACGUGCCGACCUGUUAGCUAGCUACGCUUGAAAAUAACGCUCAACGUUUUCCUUUUCAUAGCAGUGACAUUUCUUUUAGUUAAUUGGGUUACUAAGAUGAACCUAGACUGUUUUAACUGUUUUUAUUCUGCUUAGUCACAACAAUAGGCAGGCACAAGUCACCGUUAUACACGGGAAGCCAGAGUUUGGUGCUAGAACAGCAGGGAAAUGACGCUGCCCACAGUAAAAACUACAGUCUAUUUGUCCGAGCGCACUCCUUCCUUCAUGUUCUGUCAGGAAUGUUCAUGUGUGUGUUGUAUUGAUAACAAGGGUGUGUGUCUGUGAGUGACAUGUGAGAGAUCGAUAAUGUGGAGUAAAGCAGCGGCGAGAAUGGAAACACUAUAAGGGACGAAGAGUUGUCAUGGCUGACCCAGACGUUUCAACACAGAGUGGGGGCUACGAUGUGGAGCUGUUUGUGGACCCUCCAGACCACGAUUUGAUCUGCACCAUUUGUCAGGGGGUCCUCAGAUGUCCAGUGAGAAGUGCGUGCCACCACAUCUUCUGCAAGAAAUGCAUCUUACAGUGGCUAAAAAGACAGGAGACCUGCCCCUGCUGCAGGAAACCAGUAAAUUCAAGCUUGAUCUUUGUCAUGUUCAAGCUGAGCAAAUCGAUUGGACGCAUGAAAAUAAAGUGUAAAAACCAGAUUCGUGGAUGUACAGAAACCUUCACCCUCUCAGAGCAGUACUGUCACAGCAUGGGCUGUCUGUAUGAGCUUAUCCCCUGCCCGUACCAGGGCUGCAGAGCGCAGCUUCUCCGCAGGGACCUGGAAACCCACGCACGCCACUGCGAGCAUUGGCGGCAGCCCUGCCACAUGGGUUGUGGGACAAUACUCACUCACAGCACCCAGGCUCAGCACAACUGCUACAAACAGCUGAGGCAGGAGUAUGAGACCAGGCAGAGGUACCACAGGGCUAUUGCUACGACCCUACAGAGGAAGAUGAGGAGGAUGCAAAGCACCAUGGCCCACAUGAGGAGGCAAAUAGGAUUAAUAUGUGAAAGCCUGGAGGUAAUGGAUGAUUUGCAUGAGGUGGAGGAGGAGGUGGACCUUGGAGAGAGCAGCAGCAGCAGCUCCAGUGGGACUUCAAGCAGCAACAGCAACUGUUAAGGGAGCACAUUGCUCUUGUGUUCUCCUGCUUGUGUUUGUUUCCUGCAGGUGAUGUGCUUAAAAUGAAUGAUUAUUUGACAAUUUUGUACUGUAGUUUUAAUUAUUUUUAAAUAAAUUAUUCAACAUUGAA